AUGGUGGAGAAGCAAAAAGCCGGAAAUAGUAGACGUCGAAAAAGGGAUCAGCCAUCGCUGAAAAUGUAAAGUUGAUCGUUACCUCGAAGUGAAAAAGAAGAGAAAAAAUCAAUCUGUUUAAUGUAUUUCAAGGCAGCAGGACUCAAGAUAACUACUUCAAAAGAGUAUCAUUUUGCAACUGCAGCAUGGAACUGUCAAUUAUCGUCUCAUGUUUAGUGGGCCUCUGGGUAAACUGGUCGUUUUUAGUUCAGACUAAGCACAAGUGGGAAACUAAGUUAUAUAUCCUGAGACAGCUGAUCGUAUUUCAAGUAACUGCGAACUCUUUUAACCUCUCUGUUCAUCUGAUUUUGUUGAUACCUUGGCCAUUUUGGGGAUACGCGGUUCGACCUGGAGACUAUUUGUGGACAGUAGAUCCCCUUACCUGCAGAUUGAUCACAGCAGUCCUCGUAAUUUCAUGCAUUGUGUGCAUUUUAAACGCAGCUGGUAUUUUUCUGUCAAAUCAGGGGAAAGACGAGCUAAGAAAGGAGAGACUAGGCAACAAUGCAGCUGUAGUUGUUUCGGCAACGUGUUUUUUGAGCGGAAUUCUCACUUUAGUUUACACAACAGCUAUACCACUUCUGAAACAGGGCACUUUGCACGGAGAAAACUGUCCUACCCACUCGUUUUCAGUGCUCUGCGCACAGACCGAGGUGAAAGCUAUCUAUUUAUCCUACGUGGUGUGUUCUUUAUUUCUGUUUAUCCUCAAUUUCCCGCCAACAAAGUCUAGGGUGAAAUACAUUUUGGACGUGUGCUUCAAAUUGAUAACUGGGGUGUUUCAUGUCAUUUCGUGUUUCAUUCUCUUCUUUGGGGUUGUGUUCAUUGUAUUGUUUAUUCUUGGAGGAUCUUUAUAUAGUGACGCUUUCAACAUAGUCAAACUCUAUUUUGACAUAGUCGGUCUUGCCGUUAGCAUCGGCUUUCCAGCAAUUGUGAACACGGGGUUUACAUCACACGUUUUUCAACCGCCUCCCUCAAACAGAAACCCGGACAAUGAGAAAGAAGAGGUCAAAGUUAGGAUAAACGUAUCUUGACUUUUUCAUCACAUAUCUGCUUGAAAUUGUAUUAAUAUUGUAAGGAGAAAUUUUGUUCCAGUCACUCAUGAGAAUUAAAGGUUUAGAAGUUUCCUUCUCAUUGAAUAAUUUACAUGUUUUGACUACAUAGCAGCAGAACAACUGAUGAUGAUGGCAUGGCGAUGAAAAAUAAUAUAUAUGAAAUAUCAUUUUUAGUUGAAGUUUAGUUAAUUUAUGAAUCUUAAAUACAUCAAAAAAGGAAAAUUGUGUAGAAAAAUUAUUGACCUUGACAUAUUGAAUCCAUUUGCAGCUAGAAGUUGAGAAACCAGUGCCUUUGCCAAAAAUGUUCACUUAUCAUUACAUGAACACAUUUACACCAUCCAUGUCCAAUUGCAAGAACUUUCAAGGGGAUUUUUUUAUUAUUAUUUUUAUACUUUCAACUCACUAUCUCCUUUAUGGGUACACUGAAUUUUUGAAAUCAGGGUUUAAGACAUCAUCUAGCUGCUGAUUGCACAAUAAUCAUGUCAUGGACACUCAAGGCCAUAGGUAAUCAUGUCAUGUAUGAGCACAGUGUAUGAUUUCUAAGGGUUAGUCAUUUCAAGUUUGCCCCCUCUGUGUUGCUUGCUGUUUGUAUAUUUUUACACAUUUAGAAAUAAAUUAUCAGUUCCACUUA